AUGGGGAAUAGUGGCUCAGCGGUGAAGGUCUGCACAGAUCACCAAGGAGGCAUCAACUGGCUGAGCCUGAGCCCGGACGGGCAGCGCCUGCUUACGGGUAGUGAAGAUGGCACUGCGCGGCUCUGGAGCACUGCCGACAGCCAGUGCCAUGGCCACUUCCAAGGACAUGAAAGUUACAUCACCUUUUGCCACUUAGAAAAUGAGGCUGCCUUCACGUGUAGCGCAGAUCAUACCAUUCGAAAGUGGGAUGUGAUGACAGGUCAGUGCCUGGCCAUUUACCGAGGACACACAUCAAUUGUUAACAGGAUCCUGGUUGCCAAAGACUAUCUCUUUAGUGGCUCCUAUGACAGGACAGCCCGCUGUUGGAGUGUGGACAAGGAGAAACAAAUCCAGGAAUUCCGGGGCCAUCGGAACUGUGUCCUGACUCUAGCUCACUAUUCCUCCAGGGAUGUUCUUGAAGAGGAGGAGGAGGAAGAGGAGGAGGAGGAGAAAGUGAGCAGAGACCUCCUGGUGACAGGUAGCACAGACUGCACUGUUAAGGUCUGGUGGGUGUCCAGUGGGCGCUGUUACCAGACGCUGCUGGGACACACUGGGGCUGUCUUAUGCCUUAUACUUGACGCACCAAACAGGGAGCUGUUUUCUGGCAGCACGGAUUAUACCAUUCGAACGUGGAAUAUUGUCACUGGUGAGCAGUUGAAAGUGUUCAAAGAGCAUCAAGGAUCAGUAAUUUGCCUAGAGCUAGUGAAUCGGCACUUGUAUUCAGGAAGCGCGGACAGGACAGUGAAGUGCUGGUUAGUAGACACUGGGGAGCGAAUCCAAACGUACAAGGCUCACAAACACAGCGUUAGCACUUUGAAAUACCACGCUGGGAUCUUGUUCACGGGAAGCGGUGAUGCCUGCGCGAGAGCUUUCAAUUCCAAGAGCGGUGUCCUGCAGAAGAUCUUUCGAGGGCACAAGUUCAUCAUCAACUGCAUCCAGAUCCACAACGAGCUCCUCUACACAGCUUCCCACGAUGGCACGCUAAGGAUUUGGGACAUCCGGGGAAUAUGCAAGAGAAAUAAGCGGCGUUUGAAGAAGGAGAGGUCUGCCCAGGGCAGGAGCUCUCAGAAGGGCAGUCUGUCUCGGCUCUUCAACAAUAAAGUCGGCUGUAUGGUACAGCAAGAAAAUGGGGAACACGAGGCCGUUGAACUUAUGUGA